GUACGGUCCUGCUCGGAAUAAUGGAGGUGUAGAGCCGUGUAUUGUAUGAUACAAGGAGUCAGCUGUUAGGGAAGACCUCACUCUCGCGAGACUCACUGUUCUCGCGGGUCUGGGCUGGCGCACGCCGGGAGCAGUGAGGUUCCUCAUGGAUCUGAACAGUGCCAGCAGCGUCGUGCUUCAGGUGCUGACACAGGCGAGCAGCCAGGAUUCAUCGGUUCUGAAGCCGGCGGAGGAGCAGCUCAAGCAGUGGGAGACCCAGACUGGCUUCUACACCAUCCUCUUGAAUAUUUUCACAAAUCAUUCCCUGGACGUGAAUGUGCGGUGGCUGGCUGUGCUCUACUUUAAGAAUGGGAUUGAUCGCUACUGGAGAAGGGUGGCUCCAAAUGCUCUCUCAGAAGCUGAGAAGUCGACAUUGCGUGCAGGACUCAUUACCAACUUCAAUGAGCCUGUAAAUCAGAUCGCUACCCAGAUUUCUGUUCUGAUUGCUAAAGUUGCACGACUCGACUGCCCCAAGCAAUGGCCUGAGCUGAUCCCUACACUGGUUGAAUCAGUAAAGGUUCAAGAUGAUCUGAGACAACAUCGAGCACUGCUCACCUUCUAUCAUGUGACCAAAACCUUAUCUUCUAAAAGGCUUGCUGCAGACAGAAAGCUUUUCCAAAAUCUGGCCGCCGAGAUCUACAGCUUUGCAUGCUGCCUUUGGAAUCAUCACGCUGACACCUUCCUGCAACAGAUCUGCUCUGAAGGGGAUACAGCAGCUGUUAGCUCCUUAGAAAGAGCCUCACUGUCAUUAAAAGUUCUGCGUAAACUGACUGUCCACGGGUUUGCCGAUCCUCUCCAGAAUGCAGACGCCAUGGGAUUUCUUCAUGCUGUUUUUGACCGAAUAAGGCAGUUUUUAGAAUGCAGCCGAGGUGUCAGAGCGGAACAUCCAUGCAGGGAGAGGCUGGAAAAGGUUAUCAUAUUGUUCACUAAAGUGCUUUUAGAUUUUCUGGACCAGCAUCCAUUUGCAUUCAUUCCAUUAAUCCAGAGAGUGUUGGAGUUUGCAGUCAGCUAUGUGUUCACAGAGGCUGGGGAUGGAAUAGUGUAUGAACGUUUCAUAGUUCAGUGCAUGAGUCUGAUCAAGAUGAUUGUAAAGAAUGAUUCCUUCAAGCCAUCCAAAAACUUUGAAGACAGCAAACCAGAAACCAUCAAUGCUCACCAAAUAAAAAUGUCCUUCUUCACAUACCCAACACUGAUGGAAAUAUGUCGCCGUUUGGUUACACAUUACUUCCUCCUCAAUGAAGAAGAACGAGCCAUGUGGGAGGAGGACCCAGAGGGCUUUGCCAUAGAGGAAAGCGGUGGAGACUCGUGGAAGUACAGUCUGAGGCCUUGUUCAGAAGUGCUGUUCAUUGACAUUUUCCAUGAAUACAGCCAGACACUCACACCUGUGCUCUUAGACAUGGUUCAUACUCUUCAAGGUCCCACUCCUUUAGAAGACUUAAAUGUGAUACUUAUUAAAGAAACGGUUUACAAUGCUGUAGGACUGGCUGCAUAUGAAUUAUUUGAUAGCGUGGACUUCGAUGAAUGGUUCAAAAGUCAGCUGCUAGGAGAACUGCAAAUUACUCACGAUAGGUAUAAGUUGUUGCGGCGGAGAGUAAUCUGGUUAAUCGGACAAUGGAUUUCUGUAAAAUUUAAAGCCGAUUUGAGACCUUCACUGUAUCAAGCCAUUGUCAGCUUGCUACAAGACCAGGAUUUGGUUGUGCGCAUUGAGACAGCUACAACCUUGAAUUUACCAGUUGAUGAUUUUGAGUUCAGAACAGAGCAGUUUUUGCCGUAUCUGGAGACCACCUUCAGUCUGCUUUUCCAGCUGCUUCAGCAGGUUACAGAAUGUGACUCAAAGAUGCAGAUCCUCCAUGUUCUCUCAUGUGUUAUCGAAAGGGUAAACAUGCAGAUUCGGCCUUUUGUUGGCUGUCUUGUACAGUAUUUACCACUGUUGUGGAAGCAAAGUGAAGAACACAAUAUGUUACGAUGCGCUAUCCUGACAACAUUAAUCCAUCUGGUUAAGGGCUUAGGUGGAGACAGCCAGAAUUUAUAUCCAUUCCUUCUUCCUGUAAUUCAGCUGAGCACAGACGUUUCACAACCACCGCACAUAUACCUCCUGGAAGAUGGCCUAGAAUUAUGGUUAGUGACAUUGGAAAAUAGUCCAUCCAUUUCCCCCGAGCUGCUGAGGGUUUUUCAGAACAUGUCAGCUCUGCUAGAGUUAAGUUCAGAAAACCUCCGCAUUUGCUUCAAGAUCAUCAAUGCCUACGUUUACUUUAUUUCCUCUGAAUUUCUGCAGAUAUAUGGAGCUGGUCUCUGCCAGUCUUUCCUGGAAGUCCUAAAAGAUAUAACCGUAGAAGGUCAAGUUCAAGUACUGAAGGUUGUGGAAAACAUCCUAAUGGUGAAUCCAGAUGUUGGUCCGCAAAUAUUCGUUGCCCUGUUGCCACCAGUCUUCAGAGGAAUUAUUGAUGGGGAGAGAUAUCCAGUGGUCAUGUCCACGUACCUUGGCAUCCUUGGACGUGUUCUUCUGCAAAACCUAGCCUGCUUCUCUUCACUAUUAAAUCAGAUGGCACAGGAAUGCAGCCAAGAGGCUGACCAGAUUCUCGGAAAUGUCAUUGAAAUGUGGGUGGAUAGAAUGGACAAUAUUACUCAGCCGGAAAGGAGGAAGCUCUCUGCACUUGCAUUAGUUUCUUUGCUGCCCACAGGCAACAGUGUUAUUCAAGAUAAAUUCUGUGGAAUCAUUAAUAUCUGUGUGGAAAGUCUUCACGAUGUAAUGACUGAAGAUCCUGAAACAAAUUCUUCUAAGGAUUGCCUGUUAUUGUCUUAUAAUGAACCCCAAGACAUUCAGGUGAAUGAAGACGAUGAGCCUCCAACUGAACAGGAUAAGAGGAAAAGAAUGAUUGCUUUGAGAGACCCAGUACAUACAGUGUCUCUUCAGCAGAUUGUCUAUGAGAAACUGAAGGCACAGCAGGAAUUACUGGGAGCUGAAGGAUUCCGGUCACUGAUGGAAACUGUAGAUACUGAAAUAGUGAAGCAGCUGCAGGAGUUUUUACAGGGAUUCUAAAAAUAUACCAGAAUUGUAACAGAAUUCAUUAUGAAAUCCUACGACAGCGGUCAGUUUAAUAAAGACAACAUUUU